GCAGCAGUUUUGGUCCCACCGAGAAACAUGAAGGUCGCUUGCUGCUUAGUUCUCGUCGCCCUCUUGGCUCAGACGUGGGCCAACGAAACUCUGUGCGCGAUGUCCGAUGAACUCAGAGAGGCCACACUCAAGUGCGUCGCAGAACACAGGACCCCUGAGAUGAAGGAGAAGUGGGACAGAGUGAAGCAACCUUAUGGGAGCACUGACCUGGAAGCUUCAAAGAAGCUGUGCCAGUUGAGGAAAGAGGCAAAAGAAUCCGGUGCUCCCAAGCUGGAACUUUUCACGGAAGAGGAAAAAGCAGCGUUCAGGAAAGUGCUGGCCGCCUGCACGACUGCCAAGCCUUGAUGGCCCUCGCUCACGCUGCCAUGCUGGUUGUAAAGACGCAAUAAAUUGGUUUGGCAGAAA